UACGUGUACCUACAUUACAGGGUUAGGUGUCUCACCGCCCGGCAGAAAUUCUCUCUCGGGCUUGCUGGAAAGAUCAAAAUAUCGAGGCUCCCCCGUUACCGAACUAUUCGACGUAUACUAUUGUGGUCCAAAGUUAUUACAUACCUAACCUCUAAUCCACAACAUGCGGUCUGCAUACAGGCCUAUACCUCCUACUAACCUACCUACAAACGCCCCACCACCUACAACCCAUCCAUCCAUCCGUCGCCUCACAUUGCGUUGCUACCGCAACCCACCUACUACUGGCGAGGAGAGCGGAGAAUGAGGUGAAGCUGGAACCAUAAGGCAUACAACACCGCGUCUCCUUUUUCGCCCCAGUCCUUCUCCUCUGCGAUGCCUCGAGAGGCCGAGCCCUCGCUCAACGAGCGCGCCUUCGUGGUGCAGGCGCUACAAAAGGGCCUGCGCGUCGACGGCCGCGCCUUCGACCAGUUCCGGAAGCUCGAGCUCAGGUUCGGAGACCAGUACGGCGUCGCAGACGUGACGCUAGGGAAGACGAGGAUACUCGUCAAGGUCUCCGCCGAAGUCACCACGCCCUAUUUCGACCGGCCCUUCGAUGGCAUCUUCACCAUCACUACCGAGCUAAGCCCCAUGGCGUCGCCCGCCUUCGAGGUUAACCGACCGACCGAGACCGAAAUCUUGCUUUCGAGACUCCUAGAGAAGACCGUCCGCCGAUCCAACGCCCUCGAUACCGAGUCGCUGUGCCUCAUCGCAGGCCAGAAGUGUUGGUCUAUACGGGUAGAUCUGCACGUCCUAUCGCACGACGGCAAUCUGAUCGACGGGUCUUGCCUCGCGGUAGUAGCGGCGUUGCGCCACUUCCGGAAGCCGGACACGAGCAUAGAGGGGGAGACCUUGACGGUUUACACGGCUGCAGAGAGAGAGCCGGUCCCGCUGAGCUGGCUCCACUCGCCGUUCUGCGUCACCUUCAGCUUCUACGGGGAGGGGGAGAUAGCGCUGCUUGACACGACCCUGCUCGAGGAGCAGUUGCGCGAGUCCAGCUGCACCAUCAGUCUCAACAAGCACGGGGAGAUCUGCCAGAUUUCGAAGUUGGGCGGCGCGCCGGUAGAAGCGCCGUCGUUGAUCCAGUGUGUGGGCGUCGCUCUCAACAAGGUUAGGGACUUUUCGAGCCUGUUGGAUCAGAGGCUGGCGGAGGAUUUCAAGCGGAGGGAUAAAGGCGGACUCUUAGCAGAGUUGUCCGCAGAGAAUGAGAGAUAGCACGCGACCCGUUCCCACGGGCGGCCACCACCACAAAAAAAAAUAGAAGAAAUAAGAUACCGAUGGUUCGAGCUGAAUUCGAACCACAUCUCUCCAACCAGUCCUCAGUCCCUAGUCCCCCAAAACGCCGUCUGUGACGCUAAACGCAAAUUAACCCCCCCCCUUCCCCCCCCCCACCGUUUAUGCUUCUGAGCCCGAUGCUUAAGACAAUUGUAAUGUGGUGCUUCUUGGGCAUCCCGCCUACUACCGCAUGACGGGGGG